GCCACAAGAGAUCAGUGCGCACUGUUUUCAUCCCGUCCGUGUUUUACGUCUAGCGAUGCAAUGGUGCCAGAGACGUGCCUUUGUGCACGAGCAAGAUCACGCGCUUAGAUAGCGAGGUAGACGAAUGGUUGAAUUAAACCAGUGAAGGGAGUUUAUAUCUUUGUUAUUUAGGGUGUAUACGUUGGUUAAGUGCAACAAUGCGCGGACGUGUGACAGGCCAGGCCAUGGAGUUGCUGGGCAGCGGCGGAUCCAGGAUGAUCAUGACCAGGCUCUUUCUGUUCCCGUCAACCAAAGCAGUCGCUCCGCUGUCGUCCGGAGAAUACAACAUUAACAAAAGGCUUCGAUCGACAUCGUCUAUGUCCAGUUACUCCGAACUGGCUCGGGAGAGGUCCAAAACCGUUACGUCAUUUUACAAUCAAUCUGCCAUCGAUGUAUCUGCCGAGAAGCCUUCCGUCAGACUGACGCCGGCCACUAUGUUGUACGUAGGGAAAUCUCCUGAUGGUCAACAUAUUUUGAGCAGUGCCAAGUACCUACACAAAGAGCUACCUGUCCGCAUCGCUCAUCGCAUCAAGGGUUUCCGGAGUCUGCCUUUCAUUAUCGGCUGCAACCCAACCGUCCUCCAAGUUCACGAGCUGUAUAUCAGAGCCUACCACAUGCUGAGUGACUUCCCAGCCAUAAAAGACCAGGAGACUGAAGCUCGGUAUAGUAAGCUUGUUAAACUGCUUCUUGACGACCACAAAGAUGUCGUCACCAUGUUAGCUGAGGGAUUCAGGGAAUGUCGUAAACACAUUCUGGAUGAGACUCUGGUUCGUAAUUUCUUGGAUACAACGCUGACGUCUCGUCUUGGCAUCCGCAUGCUGGCCACACACCACAUCGCCCUGCAUGAGGAUAACCCUGACUUUGUUGGGAUCAUAUGCCGACGCCUUUCACCGAAAAAGAUCAUCGAGAAGUGGGUGGAUUUUGCUCGGCGGCUUUGUGAGCAUCAGUAUGGGAACUCUCCACGGGUGCGAAUCAACGGUCAUGUGGCGGCCCGCUUUCCCUUCAUUCCUCUGCCUUUGGAUUACAUUCUGCCCGAGCUGCUUAAGAACGCCAUGAGGGCCACUAUGGAGAGUCACUUGGACACCCCUUACAAUGUGCCAGAUGUGGUGGUCACCAUCGCCAACAAUGACACAGACUUCGUCAUCAGGAUCUCAGACCGUGGUGGUGGCAUUCCUCAUAGCAUUUUGGAUAAGGUGACGGAUUAUCAUUUCAGCACAGCCGAACAGAGUACACAGGAUCCCCGCAUGAACAAUCUUUUCAACAACUUGACCAACAGCGGUCCUCAGUCUGGACCCAUGCAUGGGUUUGGCUUUGGUCUGCCCACAUCUCGAGCAUAUGCAGAGUACUUGGGAGGUUCCUUGGCCAUCCAGUCGAUGCAGGGCAUCGGCACGGACAUCUACCUGCGCCUUCGACACAUCGAUGGAAAAGGAGAGAGCUUCAGAGUUUGAUGUAACUGCCUGUUUUUUGGAGCUUGUGGUUGGUCACAGAUGAACCAAAACUGUUCCAAGCCAACCUUUCGCUUGCAUCACCUGCUGGACUGUCCUUCCUUACAAACUGCAAUUUGGAGCACGUUUUCUGGUCACGGAUGUUUUAAUCAGGCGCGACCCCAGGAAAUGCAUGAGUGUAGUUUCCUGUGAUUUAAAUUCAAGAAAAAACUUCCAGCCUUAAGAACAUUUGGUCAUAUUGUGUGUUUGAAAAUCCAGCAUGUUAUUCAUUUGUAAACCGUGUAAGCAGCAGGAGAUGAUUUGAACUGUGUGUUCCCUCAGAAGUGUGUAAAGGACUGUGUAUGAACUCAUUAAGGACUUGCUAUUUUGUUCAAGAGGAAGAGUUCAGAGUAAACACACAGGUUUUUAUUGAUCUGUUAACUCUGAAUAAUGAUCUACUGCCUUACGGAAACGGUCUGAUUUAAAAUGUUGUCUUUCUCGCUUCGCUUGUCUGAUGUUCCACUAUGAUUGUUUUGACAUUUCACAUCAACCACAUGGGUUUGUUGCAUAUUUCAUGCUUCAGAUGGUAUUAUGAAAGAGGGUUAGCACAGCUAAAGGUUUUUUUGUAAUUUGUAUUCAUCAAAACAGUGUUUAUAGUGAUGUUAAUAUUUGAAAGGAUGUUUUUUUACACACUCGUCUGCUGUCAGUGUGGUAUCGCAUGGGUUUUAUUUGAUUCAUGUGUCAAAAGGUUGUCAGCAUGUUAAGGACAGAGACUGGGAGAUUUGUUUACCAGAAAUGGUUUGUCCCCCAAUGACAAGAAUGCACUGUUGAAAUAGUAUGUGAACUGCUGGGAAAAGAUUAGGUUGCAUAUAUUGCAACAAUCAUGCAAGGGCUACAUAAGAAUUUGUCUGUUGUGCCUGUGGGUUUUCCCUGUUCUCCUUUUUAAUAUAAAUCGGGCAGAGCACUUUUUUUGUGAGAAAGUGAGACAGAAAGUGAGUCACAGUAAUUGCCCAAGUGUGCCUCCUACUGGUACAAUCCAAGUAAUAGUUUUGUGUCUGAACAAAGUUACACCACUGGGACAUGCAGAGUAAUAAAUUAGGAUAAUGAUUGACAUAUAUUAGAUUAUUAGAGGAUAAAAACAGACUAAUGUUCACUAUAUUAACAAAUCUUCCUUUGUUUAUUUGAAAUGUCAAAUAAUGGCCUAUUGCAUCCAAAAUGGAGAUGGGAUCAUUUUACUGUAUUUCUUGACUGGUGAGUUUGUAUUUCAUGGAUGCCAAGUAUGUGUAGUUUUUGGGUAUUAUAAAUCCUGGAAAAGAAUAUUGUUUGCUUUUUUGUUGUCAUUAAUUCUCCAUUAGAAUGACAUGACGGUAAAUAAAUGACAGAUUUUUGUGUG